AUGUUCACGACCAACAUGCGAGCGACGCGGCCAGAAAUAUUGCGCGGCGUGCGAGCUUCUGAAGUGCUGCGUCACCUGCCGUGGGUUUGGCUGCGACGUGAUCUGACUUCUUUGUAUCCUCUCAGCCACGAAACAGCCAAGUUCGACCAGUUUUGGUCCCACAGCUGGAAGGGCGCACUCUGGGCGAAGUAUGUCAACAUCUUCUACCUUCAGACGUGCCUUCCUGCAAACAUUGUGGGGAUCAUUUCUGCAAGUGUAGCUUGCGUCCUUGUCUCAGAAGGUCUGCUGGAAGCAAGAAAAGGCUGGUGCCUACUGCUCGGAUUUGCAGGCUUUUGCGUCACCCCCCUCCUUUGGCGAUCGGGCAAGGUGGUUUUUCUGGACAUGGCCUGCAUCAACCAGAGGGACCAAGGUCUGAAGGGUGAAGCCAUCAUUUCCAUGGGUGCCUUCCUGAAGCAGUCCGAUUCCAUGCUAGUCCUGUGGGAUCCUACAUGGGUAACAAGACUGUGGUGCGUUUUCGAAAUAGCUGCCUUUCUACACAGCCGGAAUUCCGGUUGCAAGGCGGUGCUACAAAUUAUUCCUCCUUUGCUCGGUCCAGCACUCCUGGGCGGUGAGAUAUUGUUCGGCCUGGCGUGCGUUGCGUAUGCCUACAUGGAAACCUCCUUGGCAUCCUCAGACGAUUUGAGGUUUUCAGCAGUCGUCCACGUCGUCUACCACGGGGGUCUGGGCAUUCUAUGUUCAGGCUUUGUUGCGCAUGCCCUUCGAGGAUAUGCCCGCAGCGUGGAGACGCUGAAUGAGCAACUCUGCGAGUUCAAAGCUGCAGGCACAAGCAGCUCUUGCUGUGAGCAAGGCCAUGGCCCUGAAACUGAAACUACAGUUGUGUGCGAUCGUGCGAUUCUUUUCCAGUGCAUCACGCACUGGUAUGGCUCGCUUGACAAGUUCGAGUCGCAGGUGCAAUCUGAAGUGCGGACGGCCCUUAUCGACCAGCUUGCAAACAAAUCUAUGUCUUAUCAGCGCUUGUUAUUAUUUUUUACACCAUACGUCUGGAUCCGCUUUGAGUACACGGCAAGCUAUGGAGGCGAUCACAUCCGGCAGUUAGUGGAUCUCACUCAGACGUUCACAUACUGGAUGGCAGUGUAUCCCUUCAUGAACAAGCUUCUCUUCCGCUUGUGCUACCGCUUCCGAGCCCGAUGUUGCAGACUGCACUGGGACAUUCUUCUCUCGGUGGCCGUGGUGAUCACCGCUUUCUUGUAUUACAUCACCUUCUACAUCAUCCAGCUCUAUGUCUUCCAACAGAACAAGCAUGACCUUGUGCUGAGCAUGAUCUCACUGGUUUCAUGGCUGGCGGUCACAGCCAUCCUCUGGAGAAUCACAUGA